UCGGUGAGACAUAUCGACAUAGAGUAAACCCGAAACACAUUCACUUUGGACUUUUAUUUUGUUGAACUUUAACUUUUUCGAGCUGUAUUUUGGAUCCCGUUUUGCUGAAUCCAAACUUUUUUCCUCUUCUUUUAUCUCUCACGUUAAUAACGCGGUUAAAGUAGGCCUACGCAUCUCAAUUCGACCAUCUUGACCUCCGUGAACAGCAAGGUGUCUCAGUGUUACUCCACACAUGGAGAAUUACAGGAUGAUAGUGGAGUUUAACUAGAAUUACCCUGGCAGGAGACGAGGUGAUCGUUGUGAUGAAGGAUAGACUGGCUGAGCUGACUGCUAGUAGGACACCAGGAGAGGAGGAUGUUGCAGUGGCAGUGGAAAGAGAUGGCUUCAUGGAGAGUUUCUUCAGAAGGGUGGAAGAAGUCAGAGGACUCAUUUAUAAGAUUUCCUACCAAGUGGAAGAGGUGAGGAAGAUGCACAGCAUGAUACUGACUGCACCCAACCCACAUGACAGAACAAAGGACCAACUGGAUGCUCUGACCAACGAUAUCAAAGGGAACGCCAACGUGGUGCGGACUAAACUAAAAUCCAUGGAGCAAAGUAUGCCUAAAGAUGAUGCAGCUAACAGAUCCUCUGUUGACUUUAGGAUCCAGAAAACACAGCACACGGUUCUGUCCAGGAAGUUUGUGGAGGUCAUGACCCAGUACAAUGAGACUCAAGUGUCCUUUCGGGAAAGAAGCAAAGGAAGGAUCCAGAGACAGCUGGAGAUAACUGGAAAAGCCACCACCAAUGAAGAACUAGAAGCCAUGUUAGAAAGUGGAAAUCCAUCAAUCUUCACAUCUGAUAUCAUUUCUGAUUCCCAGAUAACACGUCAGGCACUAAAUGAGAUAGAGUCACGACACCAGGACAUCAUGCGCCUGGAGACGAGCAUCAGAGAGCUGCACACAAUGUUUAUGGACAUGGCAAUGCUGGUAGAAACUCAGGGGGAUAUGAUUAACAACAUUGAAAAUAAUGUCUCGAAUGCAGUGGAAUACAUAUGUAGCGCAAAGGAAGAGACCAAAAAAGCAGUGAGAUACCAACAAAAAUCUCGGAGGAAACGUCUCGGCCUGGCCAUGUGUGGGGGCAUCGCAGGUUUCCUCCUUUUACUCAUCAUAAUAGUUGGAAUCUUUGAGUGAUGGACUUCCUGAAUUACACCCUGACUGCAGUCAGCUGUAGUAAGCUUGUGUUGAGAUUUAACAGCUUCAUAAUAGGUCACCCCCUAUCCAACAGCUUUACAGAGAGGAUCUUGUAUAAUGUUGGGGAUCGACUUCGCACCAGUAACAGCAGACCGCAUAAUACAAUGUUCUGGAGCAAUACUAUAUAUCUAGAAUAAAGCAUCCUGUGAGCACACAUCCCUUUCUCUUAGCUGGACGGCUGCACCAUAUGAGCAAAAUAUGCAAUAUGCAAUAACAUUGUUGAAUAUUGCAAUACUGAUAAAACUUGCAAUAAGAAAAGUUAUAUGAAAGAUUACGUAUUUCUUCCUUUUUUUUUGCUUUCAAACACAACAAAGAGGAAAUUAUGUCCAACACUUUUUUAUGAAAGUUAAAACAAAAGGGACACAAAAAAGAUAGUUUCAGAAAUAAUUCAAUAAUGCAGUCUUUUGCAAUGAUUAUUAAAAAAUUCACACUUUAUAAAUCUUGACUCAACACUUCUUGGUCUAAUGACUUUAAAAUGACUUUGAAUCACAUUACAUUUUUUGCAAAUAAGCUUAUUGCCCAGAGUUAGAUGAAAAUAUUUAUACCACUCCUGUCUGUUCAGUAAAUAUGAAGAUAUCACUAGCAGCCCGAUAGCUUAGCUUGAAGACUUGAAACAGAAGCAAGCCUGGCUCAGCCAAAAGUAACAAAUGUGGCAUGUUGAGGGUUUACAUGGGGUUAUGUGCCAACAUAUUUCUUGGCCUGGCGCAGCGACUUUAUGUUGUCAUUGUUAGGUUGCAAGGCAACUAGCAUAGGCUCCAUUAAGUCACUUCUCCUGGAACAUAGCCCCUCGUAAAAAAACAUAAUCUCUCACUUUUACACUUCUGUUUGUGUGCAGAUUAAACAAACAAGAUAUACUGUGGCAGCUUGUUAGCCCUGCAGAUGAGGUUAGCUGAUUUGGUUUACAAUACAAAGAGCCAGGGUAGCUGUUUACUUUCGCUCUCAUUCUUUGUGCUAAGCUAAAGUAACCAGCUGGCUGCAGACUCACUUUUAUCAUAUAGAAAUGAUAGUGAUCUCAUAUUUUUCUUGACGAGAAAUGUGUUGUACAUCGCUAGCAUCUUCUUAAUAUAAAAAUAUAUAUUACGACAAUUGUCUGUGUAAAUUGAUUGUAUAAUUUCAGUUUGCAUUUUCAAGUCUACUCGUGUUAUCCUGUCCUCAUGUGUAUUUACUGUAAUUUAUGUGAAUCGAAUGUCAAUCUACUACAGCUCAGGAGUCCCUUAGAAAAAGAAAAUAGUAACCUUAAUUUAUAGAAUAUAUAUUUAUCAUGCUUACUGUGUGUGAUGAUUGAAAUAUAAUUUGCGAAAAAAAGUCAUGCUGCAAUGUAGGACUCUUGGAUGAUGUUAUUUUAAGAGCACACAUUUUCAUUUUGAUAGAUUUAA